GAUGUUUAUCAAGACUGGCAAUGGCAGAAGAUCUUAGAGCUGGUGUCCAAUCCUCCGGAGCAGCCAUCUCUCAGUGGAUGUGUGCACUUGGGCUACUCCAGCACCAAAGCAGCAGCUGAGGAUCUCAGCUUGUCUGGUGGAUCAGGCAAUCCCAUUGUUGUGAUGGCAGUGGCAUCUGAGGGCCCUGCCCGAAGAGCAGGUGUGCUGGCGGGUUACCAGUUGAUUGCCUUGAAUGGCCGUGAUCUCACCAAGAGCCAGUGGUCGGAAACUUCAGCGGAGCAGUUGCUGGCAUGCCUUGCAAGCACGAAUGCUCACGUUCGAAUGGAUUUCUUAGAUCCUACGCCACGAAGCCAUGGAAUCCCAACGCUGGCAGAUUCCUUGGCCAAAAAGCCUCUCCUGCGGCCCAGCUUGCAUUGA